AUGACCACCUUAGCGCAGUCCUUCUCCUCUCGGAGCGCCGACAUUGCAGUUGUGGUUCCCAAGAGACAGACCCCCCUGUCCCCUAAUCUCAGCAUCACCUAUCAACAGCUGCAUGCUCAUGUGGCCGAGUUCCAAGCUAAAUUGGCUAAGCUGGGCGUUGGUCACGGAGGUGCGGUGUCCUUGGCGCUGGCAAACUCGUACGAAUUCAUCGUCGGGUUUCUAGGCGCGUCCUGGCAGCGGGCGAUCGCCGCUCCACUAAAUCCCGCUUAUAAGCAGGAGGAGUUCGAGUUCUAUAUCGAUGACCUUAGUUCGACGUUAGUGCUGAUUCCUAAGGGGUCGUAUGCGCAGAAUGGCCCCGCCGUGCGUGCUGGAAGAAAAUACAAUGCUGCGAUUGCGGAGUGCUACUGGAAUGGCACAGAGGUGGUUUUAGAUGUGAAGGAACAAGGCAAAUUGGCGGGUAGCGCGGGUGUGACUGUCGGACAGGCCCAGCCGGACGAUGUUGCUCUUGUGCUUCAUACAAGUGGCACGACCGGCAGGCCCAAAGCUGUUCCACUCACCCACAAGAAUCUCACCACGACCAUGAGGAAUAUCCGGGAUACGUACAAGCUAACGCCAAAGGAUCGUACAUAUUUGGUGAUGCCUCUUUUCCAUGUCCAUGGCCUCCUAGCAGCAUUCCUGGCGCCUCUAUACUCUGGAGGAUCCGUCAUUGUACCUCCAAAGUUCUCGGCCCAUGAAUUCUGGUCAGACUUCGUAGCCUACAACGCGAACUGGUACACAGCUGUGCCUACUAUCCACCAGAUUCUGCUUAAAACUCCCCUGCCCAAUCCCAUCCCCAAUAUCCGCUUCAUCCGCUCAUGUUCCUCACCAUUAUCCCCCAAAACCUUCCAGGAUCUGGAAAAGACGUUCAACGCGCCCGUCCUGGAGGCGUACGCAAUGACCGAAGCCGCUCACCAGAUGACCAGCAACCCACUUCCGCCCGGAAAGCGCCAACCCGGCAGCGUCGGCCUCGGACAGGGUGUAGAGAUCAAGAUCCUCGAUCAAGAUGGCAACGAGGUUCCCCAGGGCAAGGAGGCCGAGAUUUGCGUGCGCGGUGAGAAUGUAACCAAGGGGUAUCUGAACAACCCAUCCGCCAACAAAUCUUCGUUCACCAAGGACGGGUUCUUCCGCACGGGAGACCAGGGUAAGAAGGAUCCGGACGGCAACGUGAUCAUCACCGGGCGUAUCAAAGAGCUCAUCAACAAGGGCGGAGAAAAGAUCAGCCCCAUCGAGCUGGACAACACGCUCCUACACCACCCCAAGGUAGCCGAGGCUGUGUGCUUCGCCAUCCCAGACGAGGGGCACUAUGGCGAGGACAUCGGAGCUGCGGUUGUCCUGAAGGGCAACAACACAGCCACGGAGGACGAGUUGAAGUCGUUCAUGGCAGAGAAGUUGGCGAAAUUCAAGACCCCCAAGAGGGUCUGGAUUGUUCCACAGAUUCCCAAGACCGCAACGGGCAAAAUCCAACGCCGCAAGGUCGCAGAGGCGAUGCUGACACCCAAGGCAAAGCUGUAA